UUUCCAUUUCUCCGGUGGGCGUCAGCAUCACUAGAAAAGGGAAGGCAAGGACUCUGGGUUUAGGAGUCAAUAUGAUACCCUUUGUGGCAUUGUGCAAAUAUUUUCCUGUCGCUAUAGUUGUGAUCAUAGUUUUCAGUGUCAAUGGAUACAUUGAGGAUCCUCUUUUUGAGUGCCUGCAAGAUUCAGACUAUGCCGAACUCCUUGAAAUUGUGGACAGAGGUCUUCCCUUCACAAAGACACCUCAUCAUAUUGCCAUCAUCGGUGGUGGUAUUGCUGGACUGACUGCAGCAAAGUUUCUGGAGGACGCAGGGCACAAGGUGACUUUAAUAGAGGCGAGUGGUCGAAUUGGAGGACGGGUGGAGACCUACAGAAAUAGAAGAGAAGGAUGGUAUGCAGAGCUGGGUGCUAUGAGGAUCCCUAGCUUUCACAAAAUUCUUUUAUCAUUUACAUCAAAAAUGGGCCUUGGACUGAAUCAAUUUAUCCAGGAUGACAUCAACACAUAUUACCAUGUGAACGGGUUGCUGCAGAAAACAUAUAGAGUUAAAGAGAACCCAGACGUGCUGAACUAUCCCUUGACUGACAAGGAAAGGGGAAAAUCGGCUGGUCAGCUCUUCGACUUGGCCCUGUGGAAGAUAAGGGAUGAUUUGAAGACAGCUGGCUGCGAGGCCACGUUGAGAAAAUAUGACUCGUACUCAGUCAAGGAGUAUCUAGUGAAGGAGGGGAACCUGAGUCGUGGUGCCCUGCGCAUGAUUGGAGAUAUCCUGAAUGAGAACAGCCUCUUCUACGCAUCACUUACUGAGAUGCUGUAUAUUCAGUCGGAUAUUAACGACAACACCGUCUAUUACGAGAUCACUGAUGGGUUUGACCAUUUACCAAGGGCAUUUUACCAGGGCCUCAACUGCACCAUCCUUCUCAACUCCAAGGUCCGACUCAUCAGUCAAACCAGCAGCAACGUGACCGUAGCCUACCAGAACUGGCGCAAUCCAUCCUCCCUGACCAACCUCACAGUAGACUAUGCCCUGGUGACAGCUACAGCGAAGGCCACCCUCUUCAUGGACUUCCAACCCCGGCUGUCACCCCAGAAGAUGGAGGCCCUGCGGUCCGUGCACUACGCCAGCUCCACCAAGGUGGUCCUCAGCUUCAGCGAGAGAUUCUGGGAAAAGGAGGGCAUCAAAGGGGGGAAGAGCAUCACGGAUCUCCCCUCUCGUUUCAUCUACUACCCUAGCCACAGCUUCCCAGGCACGGCUGGGGGGGCUCUCCUGGCGUCCUACACCUGUUCAGAUGACUCCACUCUGUUCCAGGGGGUGAGCGAAGAUGAGCUGAAGGCCUUGGUGCUGGAUGACCUGGUAAAGAUCCAUGGAGAGGCUAUACGUCCUCUCUGCACUGGGGGGUUGGUGAAGAAGUGGGGGCUGGAUCCCUUCAGUCUGGGGGCUUUUGCCAUUUACACCCCUUACCAGCAGACGGACUACGCCGCGGACCUGUUCAGGAAUGAGAGCAGGGUCCACUUUGCUGGGGAGCACACGGCCCUACCUCACGCUUGGAUCGAGACUGCCAUGAAAUCUGCACUAAGGGCUGCCAGGAACAUCAGUAACCUGGCAUGAUAGACAUCUGGGGCCUGGGCACAUCGAUUGUAUUUUGAAUAGCUUGAGAAGCCAUGAUCGGAGGUUGAAUGUUGACAAACUAAAUGACGAAAUCGGAUGGCAAACCAAAAACAAUUAUUUUUUUAUAACGUUGUUUAGUACUGUCUGAUGAUGCAUUCGCUAGUAUACAUGUGUUCUGCUCUACUCAAUAUGAAUGGCAUAACAUGAUGAAAGGAGUGUUGAUGAAAUCUUCAGGGCACAUUGUUCAUACCUUUUUCCCUUUCUAACCUGUAUUAUUUUUGUGUGUACUGUUUUAAAAUGGCCAUUUUGUUACA